CUCCGGCCGACCAGACGCGCGCGGUGCCCUCCCGUCCCGGUGUCGACUCCCCGCUGAAUUAUCUCACGUGUUUGUUUUGGUGACGUCAUCAUCAACGUGGAUUCGCGGUGACGUCAUAGUGGAUUUUAGUGGCGGCAGUAAUGAAUUUGACGUCGACCGUCCGAGGGUUGUAUCGGAGAAGGUUGUUCAUCCACGUGAACAAGUUCGUGCGGAUAAAGAUACAUAACCUGGUCGAUGGUUGCAGACAAACCGAGAUUCGUAUCGAGAUUAAGUUCAAACGUUAAGUGCUCCGCCAUGGAGGUGCUGUUCUUGAAUCGGGAAGACUUAUUCGCGUGUAACCGUUACAGAAAACUAGCGGAAAGAGAGUUGGAAGCGUAAGUACGGUCGACUUCGGACUGUCACUGGAGAUCCUUUAUAACUGGUCAGCCUCAAGAUCGCAAUUUGAAAGAGAAAUCUGAGAGGAAAUUACUGUGAAAUGAAUAUAUUGGCACAGAACCGUGACAGAAAACCAGCCGAAAGAGAAAGUUCCUGAUGGGAAAUAUUUCUUUAUUUCGAAUUUAAUCAAUUUUCAAGUGUGACUUAAAAAACCCGCGAAACUGGUUUGCUAUAAGACCAAAGUUUAAAGGGUGAAAUUGGUUUGGGUGUUAUUUGUAAGCACAUGCGUUUACAAGUGAUACUAGCUCGCUUAUUUUCGGAAUUAUCUAACGAUCGUGGACUCAUUGAAACUGAUCUGCCUCAAACUGAAAAUUCGAAGGGUGGAAAUGAGUUCAGAGUGGAAAUAGCACAGGAAUAAAUACACCGAGUAAUCAUAGCACGAUUCCUUGCAGCAUUGUUUAAGAAUCGUGAACCCGGUUUCAGCGGUCACAACUCGAGGCUCGAACGUAACUCAAAUAAAUUCAGCGAAUCGAUGAAUAUUUAUAAUUUCCAGCGAAAAUUAAUUAUGAAAAACGCCACUCGGCGGUUGACCGAGCUCAGCGGUGCGGACUCGCGGUGUGCCAGACGGGCGGUCGUUUUCUUUUCAGUUUAGGGAUUUUCCUCGCGAAAAAGUGCGCAAAAGAACGGUGUUUCCAUUAAUUGAUUCAUGCGUUGGCACGUCUCGGAGUUGUAUUUUAGUUCGUAAUCGUAAAAUUUCGAUGAGGAGAUAUUUUAGUUUACACCUAUUGAGUCAGUUCUCUUGAAACUCGCCCGCCGUGAAUAUACUUCAUUGAGUGCGUUUUUAUUGAAUAGUGACUAAAUCCGCCCCGUUGAGGAACAUCAGGCACAGAGUGAAGUCCAAGAUCAGCCAAAUGAAUGACGCGCCUUAAAGGACCCACCUCACCCAUUGCCGUCAGGAUCACGUUUAACUCUGCCGCUGGAUCAGUACUGCUGAGCGCAAAAUUCUGGCGAGUCGGUUCCCCGAAAAGGCGAAGAAAAUGACAUGUGGCAUAUCACCAAGUCCCGAAAAUAAUGUUUUACAUCACUAUGCUGCUCCUGAGCCUAAUGUGUUCAGCUAAGCCGAGGUACCUGAAAAUCGAGCUCACGGGAGUCACCGCGGAACCGGAAAUGAACAACUCGCACCACGUGACGUCACCAGUCGACUGCGACUCCACCGCGAAGCUAACAAAAUGCAAACCAGCAGUCCCAGCCGGAGAGAUUUUCCGGGGUGAUCGAUCGCCUACCUGGGUCAACAUCACCGAACUUAUAAAAAUUAUCUCUGCUGGAAGUAAAAUUUACACCGGAAGUGGAAGCUCUACCAACCAAACCACUUCCGGUCAUCAAGGCUUUCGUCAGGGCGAAUUCACCCAUAAAGACGACUUUCAAAGACUUUCAGGGGCACCCACCAAGGUCAAGGUCAUCAUUACCGGAAAUGACGUAUCGGUGAUUAACGGAAUCUCCACCGGAAGUGCUGAGAGGUUUCCCGCCGGUGGGAAGCAGCAAAGGAGUGAUUCCGUUCUUAAUGAUGAAUUUCGAAGCCUUGAGAUAUCGGACGUAAAUGUAACAGCCACACGUGGGAUUGUAGAGAUAUCGCAUCAAGAAGCAAGAGAUUUCUCAUCCAUUAGUGAUAUCCUUACCGGAAGGAAUAUCGUAGCAAGGAAUGCAACCACUUCCGGUGGCGUAGGACUCCUCAGCGACGACUCUCAAAGACUCAACAUAUCGAAUAAAGAUCAGUUCACUCGAAGUGGGAUCUCGACCGGAAGUCCCGUGAUUUCACGAAGAACCGGAAGUGAGCUCCGCGAGAGCAGGAACAAUUUCCGGCGGAAACGGAGAACCGGUCGCUCGGAGGUUUCGGACAAGCGCGCGCGGAGACGGGUCAAGAAACUCGCGGGAGGGAAAGAAAGCGCGGACGACGCGAAACCGGUUGAGUGGCAACCGGCGGAGUGCAGGAAUGCGACCUGCCACCCGGCCGCGAACCGGACUUCCGGCACUUCCGGUUUCCUGAGCAACGUUUCCGGUUUGUCGGAGGACGAGGAGGCCCGGAACCAGCGGAUCCUCUACGCUUUCCGGUCGGCGUACCCGAUCGAGCAGUGGAAGAACUGUUGCUAUUUCAGCGAGGACUUCCUCGCGAGCAUCAACCCCCACUGGCUCCAGUUCACGCCCCCGGACAGGUCGUCCCACUACAUUUUGGCCAGCCUCUACGCGGUCAUCAUGGUCGUCGGACUCUUCGGCAACUACCUCGUCAUAUUCAUGUUUCUCAGAUGCCGCUCCCUUCAGACGCCAGCAAACAUUCUUGUUGCCAAUUUGGCAGUCAGUGAUUUUUUUCUCCUCUCCAAAAUGCCAGUUUUCAUUUUCAACAGUUUUCAUCGUGGACCCGCUCUCGGAACCAUAGGUUGCCAGAUCUACGGGUUCAUGGGCGGGCUGACCGGGACGGUCUCGAUCAUGACGCUGGCGGCGAUCGCGCUGGACCGCUACCUGGUGGUGGUCUACCCUCUGAACCCGUUCAAGAACACGACGCGGCAGAGGGCGCGGGCCUGCGUCGCCUUCGUCUGGGCGUACGGCCUCUUCUUCGCCUCCAUCCCGCUCUUCGACGUCGGGCUCAACCGCUACGUGCCCGAGGGCUACCUCACCGCCUGCAGCUUCGACUACCUCAGCCAGGACCUCAAGAGCCGCCUCUUCAUCCUCGUCUUCUUCGUCGCUGCCUGGCUCGUGCCCUUCACCAUCAUUACUUUCUGUUACAUCAGCAUCUGCUUCGCCGUCGUCCGCACCAAGAACGUCCCGCGCUUCGGCCAGGAGAAGGAGAAGCGUAGAGUCGAGCUCAGGCUAGCCGGAGUGGUGAUAUUCGUGAUCGCCCUGUGGUUCGUCUCGUGGACGCCUUACGCAAUCGUCGCCCUUCUCGGGAUCCUGAGACAGACGGAGUAUCUGUCCCCGCACGUGUCCAUGAUCCCGGCGCUGUUCUGCAAGACGGCCAGCUGCGCUGACCCCUACAUCUACGCCAUCACCAACCCCAAGUUCAAGCGGGAGCUGUGUCGGCUCUUCGACAAGAGCUACCAGUCCAAGUCCAAAUGGAGCAAGCAAACCGGCACCACGUACAGGAACAAGACGCCCACCUCCAACAAACCGGUCCAGACGAUCGAGGACACUGCCCACAGGACCCACUACCCCUCCACCUUCAACUCCAGCAGUGCUGAUGAUUAAUCAAUCCAAGUCCUCUGGCAACGUCUUUUCUUUCUGGAUUCUUGCCCCGGAGCUAGGAGCUCAGACUGACAUGAGACUCCUGUUUUGGACAAAUCAUUCUGGACCAAACAACCGGUCUAGAUGAUCGGCCACACUGCCCAUAGGACACACUACCCCUCCACCUUCAAUUCCAGCAGUGCUGAUGACUUAUCAAUCCAGCGGACUGAUUCUUGAAUUUGAGGGACAAAGCGAUAGACCUAGAAGAUAUGGACGGUGUAAGUCGGAAAUCACAUAACUCGUUUGCAGUGUCUGAAAA